AUGAAUGGCCCGUUGGAAAAGAACUCCUCCUCGGUGAGGAAGCGCAUUGAAAAUCAUGUCUUUGAUGACGAAGAGGGCGACGAGUAUGGCGGUAGUGAAUUCGGUGGGUUCGGCGACUACUUUCGUCGAAAGAAGAUUAAACUUCAAAAUCUGGAUGCCGAUAUACGCGCCUCGUCCGACAAGCCGCCAAUAUUCAAGGGCAUCGUUGCCCAUGUUAAUGGUUACACUCAGCCGCCCCUUCAUGUACUUCACCACGAUAUUGUGCAGCAUGGUGGUGGUUUUCUGCAAUAUCUUGACUCAAAAACCAUGGCUACUCACAUCAUCACCGCCAAUUUAACGCUAAAGAAAGCUGCUGAGUUUAGCCGUUACAGAAUCGUGAAGCCCGCAUGGAUUGUUGACUCAAUAAAAGCUGGCAAGCUUCUACCGUGGACCGAUUAUCGAGUCAUAACUGAAAGCCCAAGCCAAAAAGUCUUGAUGUUUGGUAACAGCGGUGGGCUUACUCAAACCAGCCCAUCUCCCGUAAGGCGCAGUUACAAAGAGCAGACAGAAAAUAGCUUUUAUACGGAUCAAAUAAAAGCUGAGUCGCAAAUCCAACUGAUGAGCCCGAUCCUGGAUAAAUCUCCUGUACCUAGUCGACAACAGGUCGAAUCUGAGGCGCAACUGGCACCCAACCCUGCUAGCUUGCUAGAUCCAUCAAAGAUACCUCCCAAGCAUAUGACCUCAGAGGAGCACAAUGCUUGGUUACUCUCGGAUCCAAGGAUAAGACAAUCUUCUACAGCCAAUCCCGACUUCUUGAAACAGUUCUACUCCGAAAGCAGGCUCCACCAUCUCUCAACUUGGAAAGCCAGUUUAAAAUCAUCGAUGCAACGAUUAGCGUCCGAAAAGGGGUUGUCAAAUCAGAAAAAGACAACACGGUCUGGUUCGAGAAGAUACAUUAUGCAUGUAGACUUUGAUAGCUUCUUCUGUGCAGUUUCCUUAAAGCGACAUCCCGAAUAUCUGGACAAACCCUGCGUUGUCGCUCACAGCCCAGGAGCUGGCUCAGAAAUUGCAAGCUGCAAUUAUGUCGCUCGAGAAUUUGGCGUCAAGAAUGGCAUGUGGAUGAAAAGAGCUCUCGAGUUGUGCCCUGACCUGAAAGUCUUACCAUAUGAUUUUCCUGCCUACGAAGAAGUGAGUCGCCAAUUUUAUGGGGCGAUAAUCAGUGUUGGUGGUAUUGUUCAGAGUGUAAGCAUCGAUGAGGCCUUGGUUGAUGUCACCGAUAUCAUCCUUAAAGCGGUUGAAUCUCAUGGCAUCGGUGUUGAAGAGGGCAGCCUUUGGAAGGAGCAGCAAAAAGUCGACGAGAUUGCGUUGAGUUUGCGCAAUAAGAUCAAAGAAGAAACUGGCUGUGCCGUUUCAGUUGGCAUUGGCGCAAAUAUUCUACAAGCAAAAGUCGCCUUGAGGAAAGCCAAGCCUGCUGGCCAGUUUCAUCUAAAGCCAGAGCAAGUUUUGGAAGUCAUUGGGGAUCUAAAGGUUGAACAGUUGCCAGGCGUCGCGUACAGUAUCGGCGGGAAACUCGAAGACUUGGGAGUCAAAUUUGUCAAAGAUCUUAGAGACGUCCCAAAAGACCGCCUCGUUUCAAUUCUGGGGCCUAAGACGAGCGAUAAGCUUAAUGACUAUGCUCGUGGCAUUGAUCGAUCGGAGGUUGGAGAACAGCCUCCUCGGAAGUCUGUGUCGGCAGAGGUCAACUGGGGGAUUCGCUUCAUUAGCCAAGCAGAAGCAGAGGAGUUCGUCUAUAAUCUCUGUAAAGAAUUGGAGAAGCGGCUAGUGAAUGAGCAAGUCAAGGGGAGGAAUCUCACGAUGAAGAUUAUGAGACGCGCCCUUGAUGCGCCGUUGGAUCCAACAAAACAUUUGGGGCACGGAAAAUGCGACUCAUUCAACAAGAGUGCAACAUUUGGUGUCGCAACACAUGACUACCAAACGAUUGGCAAAGAAGCGGUUUCAAUAUUACGCUCAUUUCGGUUCAGCCCUGGAGAUCUUCGAGGAAUUGGUGUUCAAAUGACAAAACUGGAGCCGAUCAAAGUAAAUUCCUUGGCUGCGGAAGGAAGCCAAAGAAAGAUUACCUUUGCUCCGUUUGUUGAGCCAGCUCCUCUACUGAAACAAUCGAGAGCAAGCCCAAUUGAUGGGAUGCAAGGGCCAGAAAGUUUGAGGAAGAGGCCUAUUUCUGAGUUGGAACCUAAUACACUGACAAAUGAUCUUACGACACCUCGAAAACACACAUCUCAUGAUAUAAACGCCAUUGCUCAUCUAAACGCCUCUAGCACGCAAUUCCUUUUGCCAAGCAGCCCCGACCCUGCGGUAUUAGCUGAGUUACCAAACAACAUCCGCACCAAGCUCAUGGCCCAACGUCCCAGAGCAGUGGCUACCGAAUCCAACGUAGAGGAUCGCAAGUCAAGAUCCAAUAGCCCAAUACUAGCAGAUCUGCUCUCCUCUCAAGUUGACUUGGAAGUGUUUGACGCACUACCAGAAGAUAUGAAAGCUGAAGUCUUGGCGUUAUAUGGACGAAAGCCGACUGAGCCUCUGCAGCCUCGGCCUUCACCAAGGAAAUCUGAAGUAACCCAAGCCAGGAGGCCUACAACUCCAACGAAGGCUAGCGGGGUUCGGGGCAUGUUUAGUAAAGCCCAACGGCAACGAGAUGCUCAAGAAGGAAUUGUUCAAACAAAUUUUCGGCCUCCAGGGCUUGCAGAAGAGGCUCAACUUGAAGAAAUUGAAGAACUGGAUCCGGCAUUCCUUGCAGAGCUACCCGAGGACGUCAGGAGAGAAGUAAUUGCAGAUCACAGAAGGCGGCUGCUAGCCCUGCAGUCAGGGCUGGAGAUACCCCUUUCGAAAAGCCACCAAGAAACGAGUCUGUUGCCUGGAGGUCAGCAAACAAUUCAGUUUCCUAUGCUACCGCCAGUUAUAUCCUUCUCUGGCUCUGUCACUUCGUUACCAGAGAUCAAAGACAUGGUGGAUGCAUGGCAUUCCCAAACUAGAAAGGCGGGGCCGCAUAAGAGAGAUGUUGACGUUUUGGAAAGAUACUUGGUCAAAGUCAUUAAAGAAGAACGCGAUUUGAGUAAAGCUGUAGCCUUGAUUAAAUGGCUAAGCGUGGUGGUUGAUCAGGACGGGGUUGAUAGUAGAGGACGCCGGGCUUGGAAAUUGGCUGUCAGCGGCAUUAAGGUGGCCAUGCAAGCCGCAGUUGAAGAGAGAGGGCUAGCACCACUUCAGAUUUAACCUGGUUGGAUGUAUACCGCAUCUUUUGUAGAUAUUUGUACAUUGGUUAAGGGGAUAUCCAGAAUAUUAAUUGAUGGGCAGUUAUACUGUCCGACAGCCG